UACUCCGCUCAGCUCCCGUGAAAACUCUCUGUGAGUGUGUGAGUGCGUGUGUGUGUGAGUGUGUGUGCGAACUCCCAGCGUGUGUGUGUUAAGAGGAGUUUUAUGUGUGUGCACAGGGCUGUGUGUUUUUCUAAGUGGAGCUGGAGUGCAGCCGUUCAUCAGUGGAGUUGACUGCAGACUGGGAGAACGCUCAGAUCUCACUGCGCCGCUCUUUAACUCACACACCGGCUGCUUUUUUGUGGACUUUUUUUUUGAGGACUCACUGGACUUUUGCGCACCAGAGUGGGACUGUGUUGCUGCUCUCUUCUCUGUCCUCCAGGCACCAUUCCCAUCAUUGGAAUUACUCAAGAUUUUGUUUUUACACAGCUUUCUGAAAACAUUCCCUGCAGGAAUUUCAACCUGCCUCAUACUUAUCUCCCAGUUCCUGUACUUUCCACCUGCUCCCAGACAAAACUUUUCUGUGCAUUCUGGUUGAAUUUAGACAUGCACCAGCCUGAGAAUGGCUGCUUUGCGAGCACAUAUCAAGAGCUCUGUGAGUGUGUGUAGGUGUGUGUACAGCACUCUCUAUACUGUGAGCAUAUAAUCAAGAGGGUUUUCGUCUCAUAUGGACAUUUGCUGUCUCUUCGGUUGCACUGGAAGGACUAUGCGAGGUCAAGCAGGAGAAAGCAGAGUAGUAACUAUGGAAACGGUCAGUGCUGUCAGAGGCUUGUUGGGCUCAGGUGGACGCUGAUCCCGACCCGGAAUGUUCUGAACUCCUUUGGAAUUCGGUUCCCCUGGAAACGGAUGGACAGGUCUCCGUGUCCAUGUGUGACGUUUUUGUCCCGUCUCGGAUGUGAGAGGUGAACUUGGUCGUCCUUCACAGGAGGAGCUGUGGAUCUGCCUCUGCCUCUUCAGAACCGGGGAGGAUAUUAUAAAGAUCAUACUGAAUAUUAAGAACUUUGGCUUGGUGAAAACAAACAAGAAGCAGAAUCAGCAGCACUGAACUGAACCAGUCCGAAGGCACGUGGACUUACUGGGCGUACUGCUGAGUGGGAUCUAAAACAAGUUCCCACAAUCCACCUAAAAACCACAAAGAAAUUAACCUUUGAAGGGAGUUUCUUCUAAUCGUGCCAAGAUGAUGACCAUGAUGAUGAUGAUGGCGGCCAUGAUGGUCACCUGCAGCUCUCUGUUCCUGCUGGGUUUGGCCGCAGCCCACGCCUCCUCCGGCACCAUGACCCGCACUUCCUCUUCAUCCUCAUCUUCCUCGUCCUCGUCUUCCUCCUCCUCCUCGUCCUCCUCACCACGCAUGAAGCUCUCAUACAAAGAGUUGCAGCAGUUCCAUGGAGUGAGGCGGUUCGAGCUGGAGCGUUCCUGCUGCUUCAGCGCUCUGCUGCUGGAUGAAGAGAGAGGCCGGCUCUUCGUGGGGGCCAAGAACUUCCUGCUGUCUCUGUCAUUAGACAAUAUCGCCAAGCAGGAGCACAAGAUCUACUGGCCCGCUCCUGUCGACUGGAGGGAGGAGUGUAACUGGGCUGGCAAGGACAUCACUUCUGACUGUGUGAACUACGUGAAGAUCGUUCACCACUAUAACCGCACCCACCUGUACGCCUGUGGAACCGGAGCCUUCCACCCUACCUGUGCCUUCGUAGAGGUUGGACACAGGAUGGAGGACCAUGUAUUCAGGAUUGACCCAUCUAAGGUGGAGGACGGGAAGGGAAAGAGUCCGUAUGACCCUCGGCACAAUGCUGCGUCCGUGCUCGUCGGUGAUGAGCUGUAUGCGGGGGUGGCGACGGACUUAAUGGGACGAGACUUCACCAUCUUCAGGAGCCUGGGGAAACGGCCCUCCAUCCGCACCGAGCAGCAUGACUCACGCUGGCUCAACGAACCAAAGUUUGUUGGUUCCUUCUGGGUCCCGGAGAGUGAAAACCCCGAUGACGACAAGGUGUUCUUCUUCUUCCGUGAGACGGCGGUGGAGGCCCAGGGGCUGGGAAAGUCCACCUACUCCCGCAUUGGACAGCUGUGCAGAAAUGACAUGGGCGGUCAGAGAAGUCUGGUGAACAAGUGGACGACAUUCCUCAAGACCCGUCUGAUCUGCUCGGUACCAGGAGCCGACGGCAGCGACACGUACUUCGACGAGCUGCGCGAUGUGUUCCUGCUGCAGACGAGGGACAGAAAGAACCCUCUGGUCUACACUGUCUUCUCUACUUCCAGCAGUGUAUUUAAAGGCUCAGCUGUGUGUCUCUACUCCAUGAAUGACAUCCGGAGGGCCUUCCUGGGACCCUUCGCUCACAAAGAGGGGCCCAACUACCAGUGGGUCCCCUUCCAGGGAAAAGUGCCCUAUCCCCGCCCAGGAAUGUGUCCCAGCAAGACGUUUGGCAGUUUUGAGUCCACGAAGGGUUUCCCGGACGAUGUGAUCCAGUUUGCACGUCACCACCCUCUGAUGUACAACCCGGUGUACCCAAUGAGCCGACGGCCUGUCUUCGUCAGAACUAACGUGGACUACAGCUUCACACAGAUCGCCGUGGACAGAGUCAGCGCUGCCGACGGACAGUAUGACGUCAUGUUUAUCGGCACAGACAAAGGGACAGUACUGAAGGUGAUCAAUGUUCCCAGGGAGAGCUGGAACAACAUGGAGGAACUUCUGCUGGAGGAGCUGGAGGUCUUCAAGGACGCUUCAUCUAUCAUCGACAUGCAGAUCUCCUCAAAAAGGCAACAGCUGUAUCUUGGCUCAGGCACAGGCAUCGCCCAGGUCCCCCUUCACCGCUGCAGUGUGUAUGGGAAGGCCUGUGCUGAGUGCUGUCUGGCCAGAGACCCAUACUGUGCCUGGGAUGGAACAUCAUGCACUCGCUACCUGCCAAACACCAAGAGACGUUUCCGUCGCCAGGAUGUGAGGAAUGGAGAUCCCAACACUCUGUGCUCCGGAGACCACCAUAAAUACCGCGUUGCGGAGAGGAAGCUGUAUGGAGUCGAGUCAAGCAGCACAUUUUUGGAGUGUAUCCCCAAAUCCCUUCAGGCCAGAGUCACUUGGACCUUCCAGAAACAUCCACAGAACCCACGGGAAGAGGUACGUCUAGAUGACCGCAUUCUCCAGACGGACAGAGGACUUCUGAUUCGCCGUGUCCUUAAGAGAGACAUCGGUGUCUACCAGUGCCACGCCAUGGAACACGGCUUCACCCAAACCUUACUAGGCAUCACCUUGGAAGUCGUACCUUCAACAUCCUCUUCAGUGUCCAAUCUCCCCUCCGACGCCCCUGUCCGAUUAGAACCCCGCAGCGGAGGAGGGCCCCCAAUGACCAAUCAAAAGCUUUGGUACCGGGACUUCAUGCAGCUGGUGGACCACCCUAACCUGAGCACCGUCGACCAGAUUUGUGAGCAAGUUUGGGCGCGGAAGAACGCCGGCAUCGACCAGGCGGAUAAGAGCUUUCCUGCCCCUGGGAAGGACGUCCCGCCUCUGGGCCCCGCCGUCCGCCCAGCUAACAAGAAGUGGAAGCAUCUUCAGGAGAUAAGGAAGGGGAGAAACCGCCGGACCCACGACGGGAAACCGAACCCUCGGGCACCACGCAGCGCAGGGGAGUAACAGCCCGGAGAACGAGAUGGAGGGAGAAAAGAACUGAUACAAGGAGAAAAGGAGGAGAAUGGUGGAAAGAGACUGAGAGACCAUGAACUCCUGGAGGUGUUCACACAUACAGAUACACACAUGCAGACACACACACACACACACAGCACCUCCUGUAUUGUGUAUAUUUAUCUAUGGAUGCCCCCACUAUACGGUGCCCCUGAUCCUCGAGUCCUCGUCCCACUGGCCAGCCCCUGCAUGUGCUGCCUUACUGCCCAAAUUGAUUCUGCACGAUCCCUUUACACUGUUCCACUAGCGUAGUCGAGUGUACAAGCAGGUACGUGGGGAUGAAUCCACUUUUAUCUGUGCGCAAUAAACCUCCACUCACCUGUCGUUCUCUUUGCCACUGACUGUAUAUGGAAGCAUCACCAUAUCUUCUGUUGGGUAUUAAAGUUCGCCAAGACAUGCCAGCUUACCUGCGGAUAGUUGCUCACAUUAUGAACACCCGCUCUCUGGACACUCAGAAGAAAAAAACAGCCCAGAGUUUUGGAUGAACUCUCCCCCACAACUUGUCUCACCUGAAGAUUUCACACCAUAAUGGGAACGAAAGGAGAAACAACUGGAGUAAACUGGAAAGUAAUGGCCUCCAACUGGAACUAUUUAUAUGCAUUUGCACAGGCAUGCAGACAAAAACUUUUUUUUUUUUUAGACAUUCAUUCAUAGACUGAUGACAUGAUCAACUUCCUGUGGUGCUCUUGUUGCACAUAAGUCUAGUAACCUCACUUCUCACGCGGCUUCGUGUGCAUCUGACAUAACGCAGUCACAGAAGAGGUCGAGGUGCGUGGGGUCCUGUGGAACAGAUCAGCAUGUUGCAGAACUGGUUAUAUUAUAUCGUAGGUUUCUUAGCGGUUUUCCUUAGGCACAUUGAGGCAUGUUGCAGCAAAAUAAAUCACACAAGACAAACGCAGCCGUGGUUGGAGAGCAGUCGUAUCGGGCCAGAUGUGAUUAUGUUGCGUUACCGGUCCAAAACCACUAGAGAACGAGGGGUGGAAAAACUACUGGCAUUCCAUGAUGUGAGAGAAAGAUGCGUUGUUUACAGUACAUAGGCAAAGCUGGAGCACGAAGAUGUCAAUCUCUAAAAGCAGAAAAGAUCUGGACAGAAACACGUUUUAGGUUUUAUGUGGCUCAGUAAGGAUUGGAAGUGUGUAGGAAAACAGUUUUGACACAAUCCAAAGCCUCACUCUAAAAUGAGCUACUUGUUGGUUCUAGUUUUGGCUGUGUUCAAUGUUUUGUGCAUUAACAUUAAAGGAGACAUAUUAUGCUCAUGUUCAGGUACUACUAGAGUAGAUGCAAGGUUUAUACAUGCUUUAAUGCUCCAAACACACUUCAGUUUUCUCAUACUUUACUAUUCUAUACUCACACUAUAAAACAAAGGAAAAGGAAAAAAAAAAAAGAAGCAUGAUAUGUCUCCUUUAAUGUGAAGUUACAAACACGGUGGUUUGGGUGGGAAGCGCUAACACGAUGAAAAGGUAGAGGAAAGACUCUAGAAUGACAACCCAUGCUUCUGGGUGACAGUACAGUAUACAUAUAUAUCUAUAUAUUAGCAUGAUAUUUAUGAGUUUUAUGAUUUUUUUUUAAUACUAAGUGGUACUUCUACUCCUUGCUCUUUCACACUGUUCUUGCAUAUGUUGUUUGCGACAAAUAGAUAUAUGCAAAUAAUAUGAGAUGAGCGAGUCACCUCGUUCAGCACAGUAAAAUGCACAGAAGGCUGCUUUUCUGCGCUACCCAUGAUGCAUUUCACUGUCUGCAAAAAAACAAAAAAACAAAAAACAACAAACAAACAAAAAAAACUUCCAUCUGACUACACGCACUGUUGGAACCACUCCUCCACAUAGUGUUACAGUCAUUGAUAUCAUUGACUUUUGCUGCUUAACGAUGUCAUCUCUUCCUAAUGGAUGAUUAGUACGAUAAGGUCUUCCUUCUCUAUGUCUUUAGUCUGAUCUCUCUCUGUGUACUCUCUGUAAAGAAACCUUGUUUGUUGUCUGUGCUAACAUGGUAUGUGUAGCCUGCCCCCUAGUGUCUAUUGUGUGUACAGAGCCUACCUGUCGUACGAUGCUUCAUUAUAUCAUAGUCUAUCCACAUGAAAGAAAGCAACAGGCCUUGUAAGAUAAAACAUGCAGUUAUGUUUUGCGGUCAUGGAAUCUCAGUAUGAUUUUUAUGAUGAAUAAAUGGUCUAAUUUGUGUUGCUGCCACACAUUUUUCCCACAUGCAUCAUGGUUUUUAAAGAACGAUGCACUGAAAUUGGCUUAAUAGGCUUUGGAGUGUUCAGUAAUACAAACGAAGCUUCAUAGCAGGAGGCAGCACAAACUAGAUCUGUUAGUGGAUUUUAGAUGUAUUGAAUCAUUGUCGUUGUUAUUUAUAUACCUUCUUUCUAGAGAUGUAAUUAACUCUUUAAACCGAACUGAACCCAACUGACUGACUCCUAAAAAGAAGGGACACUCUGCAUUUUGACACCACAUCCAGGAUUUAAAGCGAAACCGAUGAUUUUGUAAAGAUGCGUUUGAACCACAGAACCAGCUGAGUUCAAUCACUAAGUGGAGAUUUCAUGUGUUCGUCUUGUACUUCUUUUUCUUCGAUAUUUACAUUGGUAGUGAUGUCAAACGUGCCCGAGUCUCCCUUUACAAGCCAGCAGUUGUUUUGUGCUCUUUUGAAAUUGCAUGACCAAUGUUCGUGGCUAACGCGUUUGACAAUGGUGCGGUGGCGAGAAAGAGCGAGAGAAAGAAAGCACAAUGUUGAAUAUUAUUAUUAUUCCUAUGUAUUUAUGUGCAAAGAUAAGCUGAUAUGUUGUGGUGGAUUUUUAUUUUUCUUAUAAAUGUAGAUUGACAUCUGUAUUGUUCAUGUUCUGCUGAAAAAGGACUCAUCCUCAACAUUUUCUUUUGGACAUUACAGCCAAUGGGACACAGUGUCCAAUUAGAGUCUUUGUUGUUCACACAGCCCUCCAAUCAACACCCCUGUUGUAUCCCAUGCCAUGUGACGCACCCCAUGUACGAUAGCUCACAAGGAGAGGCUUGUGUAUGUGUGUGUGUGAGUGUGAGAGAGAGAGAGAGAAAUGUGUGCUUGUGGUUUGUGUGUGUGUGUAUGUGUGUGUGAGAGAGAGAGAGAGAGAGAGAGAGAGAGAGAGAGAGAGAAAGUGUGUGUGUGUGUGAGUUUUGGGGGAAAGCAGAGCUCUGUAUAUAAUGGCAAAGAAACAGUGGUGUGUCGGUCUGUAGGUGAAAGUUUAAAGGUGGAAGGCCAAAGUUAACAUGGUGCACUGUAAUACUCCCAGAGGUCUUUGUGAAAUGUCAUGUCAGAUUGUUUUUGAUUAACACAAUAAAAAUAUGCAGUUACUUAAA